AUGGUCGAGAAAGAUGAUCUAAUCAAGAAACUCGAGAAUGUUCCAGAGGAAGUACUCCGGAGCAUUUUGACCAACCAAGUCGAUCUCGAAAUCCGGCUCAAGCACAAAGAGCUCAAAUUGACAGAAGAAGAGAUUGGAAAAUGUGAGGCCCAAAUGCUUGCUUUGAGGAAGUUCUUUGAAGUUCCCAACGAGGUGUCAUUUCGCAGUGAACCAAAUGACUUCACGCUCAAAUACUUCGAUAUCCUCAAUAAGUCUCUUUCUGUCAAUUACACGAAGCUACAGCAAAAGCAGUAUGCCUUGGAGAAUCCCGUAUUUAACGAGGCUAUGUUCACAGAAAGCGAACCGACUACACAUACAUACAGAACCAGGUCCACCACCUCUUCUCUACGACCAUCUAUAGGUGGGCCUGCUGUGAGGAUAGCUGGAUGUCUCUACAGAAGAACGGACGGAGUGGUGGUAAAACUAACUUGCACCGGCUGUCAACGAAGCAACUUUUCGUCCGCGCAAGGGUUUCUCAAUCAUAACAGAAUAGCGCAUUCUAGAGAGUACGCAUCCCAGGACUCUGCAGCCUUGGAGUGUGGUGAGGUUUUGCCCGACGAAUUUCAGGAUGAAGAAGGACUCGCGAGCUUGGUCAGCUUGCGGCAGCUGGAUGUCAAUCCGGCAAAGAAUCUCAAAACAAGAGAGGGAUAUUUCGAUGGCUUAAACACGCCUACAAAUAAGACCGGAGCUCUGUCAUACAGCAACUCGUAUCCUGAACACAGCAGCAAACCGGCGACGAGAAAAUCGACUCCAGAAUCAAGCAAAGAACCAAAAGCCCAAGCCAAAGUAGCCAAAGAUGUGUUGAGAGAUUCACUCAUGGAGGGGGUGGGCACUCAAGAGUUGAUGAAAAAACUCAUAAGCAGCGGGCUUGCGCGUGAUGCUAAAGACUUCCAAUCUUUGAUCGGCGAAGUUCAAAAAGAGGUCUCGAACUCGCACUUGUUCGCCGAUGAGGAGGAGGUGGUGGAAGAAGUCGAGGGACAAGAUAAAAGAGAAGAGAAAAACAGCUUGCAGGAAACAAACGGGCCAGAGAAGCCAAAACGUGGGGCCAGCGAAACUCAGCGGCCAAAGAUUCAGAAGAACAAUGACCCUCUCUUGCAGGCAGGAGAUUCUACGGUCAAGCCUGAAACAACUGAUACGAGUGUGCUGGUGCGGGCGGAAAUUGGAGGCAAAUACGAAAACAGAUUGCGCCGCCGCAAAUCGCGUGCUGAAAUGAGCUUAGCAGGCACUGAGACUGAAGACGAACCCAGAGCCAAGGGAAGCGAGGACCGGAGACAUAAACGGAAGAAGUCCCAUAGGUAA